AUGAUUGCGCAUGUAGCCGUUGUUGUCCCCAUUGAUUUUUCGAGUGUUGUUGAUCGUAUUGCUCGUGUGGCAUUUGAGAUUGCUAAACAACGCCGCGGUAAACUUUGCUCUGUUGACAAGGCUUCAGUCUUGGAGGGGUCGAUAUUGUGGAGGGAAAGAGCAACGAAAAUGUNCUCAGAGUAUCCUGAGGUUGAAGUCACCCAUCUACUCAUUGACACCGCUGCAAUGGAUCUUAUUCGCCACCCAAAAGAGUUUGAUGUCAUCUUGACUGGGAUUAUGUUUGGUGAUAUUCUCUCUGAUCUUGCGGCUGUGAUCCCCGGAAGUGUAGGAUUGCUUCCAUCUGCUUCCUUUGGUGAUUCUGGGCUUGGAAUCUUUGAACCUAUACAUGGCUCUGCACCUAAACACUAUGGGAAGGACACGGUGAAUCCAUUGGCAAGUGUUCUAUCAGCUGUAAUGCUUUUGAGAUACGGUUUGAAAGAAGAAAAUGCUGCAAAGAGGAUAGAAGAUGCUGUUUUCGAUGUUCUUGAUCGUGGAUUCAGAACACGUGAUAUUCACACUCAUGGAACUAUACUGGUAGGUUGCGAGAGAAUGGGGCAGGAGAUACUGAGAUCCCUGGAUGCCAAAGUUGAUAACAGAGUCUUAGCCUCAACUGGAAGUUUGGUUUAUUAGCUGCAAAAGUUUUAAUAAAAGCAUAAUCUAUAGUUUGAUAUUCAAAUAAGCACCAUGUUUGUUUAUAUGUUUGA